UAGUUUACAGCAAUGUGUGCCCUAAAGUGCUCUACAAAGACUUCCUUCUAUGGUGAGAAUCACAAGCGAAGCCCUCUUGUGGAGAAAGUGGAACAGCGGUCAAGAAGGUUGUCCAGGGAUCCUGCCAGAGUGAACUUGCGCAGAAGCCUCCUAGGGCGGACUCGUGUCUGGAAGUUAUUGCACACGCAAGCUGAAGCUCUAACAAUCGCUCACACCCUAGACGACGACGUCCGGGUCUUCUCCUAUGAGAUUCCAGAGAGCGAUGCCGGGAAGCGUGCUUACAUUGUGACCCACCCACUUGACCUUUGGAAGGUGCUGCAGAUGCGCAAGCCUUCCAAUCGCUGCAUGUACGAAGUGAUUGCGGAGGAUGCACCCUGCAAGCUCUACUUUGAUCUCGAGUUUGAGCGGAACAUUAAUCCGGCCAGAGACGGUGUUGCCAUGGUGGAGCACUUUAUCGAUGUCGUUUGCCGCGAGUGGGAAGAUCUCUUCGGGGACCACUGCAGUCGAGAAGACGUCCUCUGGCUCGAUUCCAGCACUGCGAAGAAGUUCAGCUGCCAUCUGAUUUUUCAGAGAAUGCGCAUGUUUCGGAACAAUCGUGAGGCAGGUGCCUUUGUUCGCCUCGUGUGUCAGAAAAUGAAAGGUCCUGUGACAACGGCAGUAAAGUCUGCCUUGGCUGCUUCCAGGGCUUCUCGGGCAAGCCCCUUGGUGCUCAAUAAAAGCGGCAAGGAAGUGCUCUUCUGCGACGAGGCGGUCUACACACGCAAUCGCAAUUUCCGUCUCUUUCAGUGCACGAAACUCAACAAGAACACACCUUUGGUGCUUUCUAAGAAUGACUGCUAUGUCCGCUCCUUGGAGAGAUGCCCGGAAGACAAGGAAAUCUUCCUGGACAGUCUUAUCACGUGGCCUCAUCAACAGACUGGUGGACAUCUGCUGCAACUGUCUGCAGACUGUGGUGCAGCCAGGCUGAAUAAUGGCUUGCCAGCAUUUGUGGCUGAAAGGAAAGAGAGUGUCAAGUCAAUGAGCUCACCGUAUCCAGAUAUAGACGAGUUUAUUCGGGGCCUCAUUGGUCCACGUGGGACCAUCCGACAGGUGUCACACUUUGUGGACACUGACACAUUGGUGUACGACGUGCUAGGCUACCGGUUUUGUGAGAAUAUUGGCCGCGAGCACCGCAGCAAUGGUAUCAUGUAUGUGGUUGACGUGAAUGUAGGCAGCUUUUACCAAAAGUGUUACGAUCCUGACUGUCGAGCGGUGUCGUUUCGCUCUGUUGUUCGUCCCAUCCCACCCGAGUGCCUGCCAUCCUUUUGGCUCAACCAGAUCCCCGAUGAAAUGCUGCUAUAAAUGAAUGUUCUUCACUAUUAUAAUUUUAUUUUAUAUCUUUACCGCAGUUUUUUAAGACAUUCUAGACAGAAUAUGUCACUAGAAAGUUACCCGGUGUUAACAUUCGUUGCCUUUCAAAGACUGCCUAGUAGAUUUUCAUGCCUCUUUAUUAACGCAAGUGCCCACCAUUUUUUAAGAACAUAGUAUAUUGUAAUGUAAUAGAAAACUAACCAUUACAUUGUAUCUAUAUCUAGGAGUGCUUUCUUUAGAAAGUGCGUAGGAAUGUAUCAAACAGCUUUUGUAUUUGCAUAGCCUUUUCUACAAAUAUUGGCAGAACCGAAUACUUGAAGUGAU